AUGCCUCCCAAAGCCGCGAGCAAUCGCCAACCGGCGGCGCGCCGCCCUAUCCAAGUAGACUCUGCGUCUCCAACUCCCGGUCCUUCAGGCACCACUCCCUCCGAGAGCUCUAGAUCCUCCCUCCCCGCGCAAGCCACCCCCACCGCACGAGGAGGGCCAGUCCAACGUCUCCAGACCCUCAAAAAGCGUGCACCCUCGGGAAGUCUUGUACCUUUGAACCCAGAUGGAACCGCCCCCAAGCCCACAUUGAAAUUCCAGCCGAAGGCCGUUGCGCGUCGCAGCAAAGAGGAACGAGAAGCCAGGGAGCGACUCGAGGCGGAGAGACAGAGAGAACGGAUAUCAGAAGCUGCUGCCGCAAGGCGCACGGCUACACGGGGCGACCGUGGGCGAGGCAGAGGUCGCGGGAGGGGAGGGGCGUUUGGUCGAAUUACUGCGGACGUUGGUGGACCAUUGGGUUCUGGCAGAGGAAGUAAAUUCAAGGGCAAAUACGGCCAAUUCGGCGCAAAGCGCUCUGGCGUUUACGGGUCAGGCGGACACGGCGGAGGGGCAGAUGUCUCGUCUGAUGAAGGGAGCGACUAUGGUCCGCGGUUUAGUAUCGACCAGAUCAACAUUAGCAGCGAUUCGGAGAGCGAAGCGAUAGACGCCGGGAAAGACAAGGUGCCGGCGAAGAGCCCAGUGGGAGGUCGCGGGCUCCGACCUAUUCGUGUGGAAAGACAAGAGCACGUGGAGCGCAUAAUGGAUAUCAAUACCGAUGCGAGCUCGAGUAAAUCGGCGGAACUCCGGCGACAAGCCAAGCAGAAAACUGGCAACGACGACAGUUUGUUUGUUGAAUCAGACGAUGAAGAAUUGGUCGAAGCCGAAGAUGUUGAGAUGGCUGAUUCUGAGCAGGCUCCGCCUAUCAAGGAAGAACCUACGGAUGGCGAUACGGGCGUCGCAGACGACAUUCCCGCUGCGGGUGACGAGGCCGCUGCUCAUGCUAGAGACACGGUCCCCGAUAAACUGAAGAAAAUUCGGAAAAAGGUCACCAUAAAGGAUGCACGAAGCAUGCUACAAACAGAAGAAGAACGACAGGAGUAUGAUCGACACGAGGAAGAUAUAGAGCAACUUAAACAAGCGCUGGGGAACAUUUCCACCGCCGACAUAGCAACUGGUGCCGAGGCAGGUGAUGAAAAUAAAAUAAACGCCGAAGCUAUCAAAGAUGAACGUCAAGGCCGGCUCUUCCUCCUCCAAUUCCCACCCAUGACUCCCAACCUCAUGACCCCAUCUGCCAGGCAAGAUCAGUCCGACGAAACGACAACUCUCGAUGGCGCGUCCACAGCACAGGCGCCUGAAACAAUCACGAUUAAGAAAGAAAACGGCACCACCGCCCAUAUUCCCCUAGGCGGAUCCGCAAGUCUUACUGUCCCCAGCAAAUCAGCCUCUUCUAUUCCCUUUAUCUCGGCGACGAACAGCCAAUUUCCACCCGGCCGCGUUGGCAAGUUGAAAGUCUACAGGUCCGGUCGUGCGACGAUAGAUUGGGGCGGAAUCAGUUUCGAGCUGAACAAGGGCACCGACGUUGACUUUCUCCAAGACGCCGUGGUGGCGUCGGACUCGAAACCGGGAGAAAACCACGGCGCCGAUAGGAAAAUCUGGGCGAUGUCGCAGGUAACUGGAAAAUUUGUGGUAACACCGGAUUGGGAUAAAUUGCUCAGCGAGUGA